AUGAGCACCACAGCGAAGACACCAACUGACUUUCUGAAAGCCAUUCGCGGUCGACCAGUCGUCGUGAAACUGAACUCUGGCGUCGAUUAUCGAGGAAUACUUGCAUGUUUGGAUGGCUACAUGAACAUUGCCAUGGAGCAGACGGAGGAGUAUGUGAAUGGACAGUUGAAGAACAAGUAUGGCGACGCCUUCAUCCGAGGAAAUAACGAUCUUGCCGCCAUGAAGAGCAACAAGGCUGAUGACGACUAUGACUACCUUUUCAAGGUUGUCCUGGUCGGCGACUCUGGCGUCGGAAAGUCUAACCUGAUUUCGCGGUUCACCAGAAAUGAAUUCAACAUGGAGUCAAAGUCGACUAUCGGUGUGGAGUUCGCCACAAGAAGCAUUGAGGUUGACGGCAAGACCGUGAAGGCCCAGAUCUGGGAUAUGGCUGGUCAAGAGCGUUACAGAGCCAUUACGAGUGCGUAUUAUCGUGGUGCGGUUGGAGCUCUUUUGGUGUACGACAUUACGAGGCAAGUGACUUUUGACAAUGUGGAGCGUUGGCUGAAAGAGCUCCGCGAUCAUGGCGACCAGAGCAUCAUUAUCACUUUGGUCGGGAACAAAUGUGAUCUGCGGCACUUGCGAAAGGUCUCUUUGGAGAAGGGCCAGGCCUUCGCAGAGAAGGAGGGCUUCUUCUUCAUUGAGACAUCAGCCCUCGAUGCCACCAACGUCGAGGACGCCUUCACGCAGAUUUUGACCGAGAUCUAUUGGAUGAUGAACAAGAAGGCGUUGGCACCUGAUGAAGAUAACUACGCUGGUCCAGGGAAAGGCCAGACCAUCAACAUCAACGCUCCUCAGGAGGAGAAGCCUGUCCAGUCCUCAUGUUGUUAG